CACACAACUACAGUAGUCAGCAGACUCUCCUAUAUAACGUACCAGUUACCACUACACGCCUUGACCCUCGCAACAAGUUCAGAUAGUGUGUGGUCAAGCAAACAGUGUGUGCAAAGCACUAUCUGAAUGGGUGAGGAGGCGCCCCCGACGCCACCGGCGCUGUACGUCGACGGCUGCCCUGGAUGCGCCAUAGAGCGGAAGAAGGAGGCCAACAAGGGCAUCCCCUACAAAGAGUUCUUCUUUGUCGCCGUCACCACCGUUGCCUCCGCUUUACCAAUAUCAUCCUUGUUUCCCUUCUUAUACUACAUGAUCGAAGAUCUGCAUGUUGCAAAAACGGAGCAAGAUAUUGGAUUAUACGCUGGUUUCCUUGGUGCAUCAUACUUUGUUGGCCGAUUUUUGGCCUCGCUCUUCUGGGGUGUAGUGGCUGAUCGUAUUGGGCGAAAACCAAUCAUUAUAUUUUCUGUCUUCUCAGUGGUUAUAUUUAACACUUUAUUUGGACUAAGUAUGAAGUACUGGAUGGCAAUUACCACAAGAUUGAUUCUAGGUGCUCUCAAUGGCAUGCUUGCGCCAAUAAAGGCUUACUCAAUCGAGAUUUGCCGUCCUGAACACCACGCUCUAGGGCUAUCAAUCGUAAGCACUGCUUGGGGCAUAGGUCUUGUUGUGGGCCCAUCCAUUGGAGGCUACUUGGCACGGCCUGCACAGCAGUAUCCAAACAUGUUCUCUGACGAAUCAAUUUUUGGGAGGUUCCCAUAUCUCUUGCCAUGCCUUUGUAUUUCACUUUUUGCUGCUGUGGUUCUAGUAAGCUGCAUAUGGUUACCGGAGACACUUCAUAAGCACAAAAACAUAGACAACGAGAUAGAAAUGUCCAGCGAUUCAAGAAAUCCACAGACAGAAGAGGUACAUGGGGACAAAAGUUUAUAUAAGAAUUGGCCAUUGAUGUCCUCUAUCAUUGCAUAUUGUGUUUUCACACUUCAUGACACGGCAUACAGUGAGAUACUCUCAUUGUGGACCAUAAGUGACAGAAAGUAUGGUGGGCUAAGCUUUUCAUCUAAAGAAGUUGGCCAACUUCUUGCAGUUGCUGGUGGUGGACUUAUUGUGUAUCAACUAUUCAUCUAUAGACCAGUCCACAAAUUUCUGGGAUGUGUCAAUUCAUGUCGUGCUUCAUCUGCCCUAACAAUACCAAUUCUUGCUGCUUAUCCCUUCAUGACGCACCUGUAUGGGUAUAGACUUGGACUAGCUCUUUAUUUUGCUGCCAUUGUGAAAGGUGCUCUUGGUAUUACUGCCCUGACCGGCACUUCGCUUCUGCAGAACUAUGCCGUGCCACAGAGUCAAAGAGGCGCUGCUAAUGGUAUAGCUGCAACUGCAAUGUCGUUCUUCAAGGCUAUUGGUCCUGCUGGAGCAGGUGCUUUAUUCUCGUGGGCCCAAAAGCGCCAACAUGCUGCCUUCUUUCCAGGGGAUCAAAUGGUGUUUUUUAUUCUGAACAUUGUCCAAUGUAUUGGGCUCGUGCUGACCUUUAAGCCAUUCCUAGCAGUACCAGACCACUAUGAUCUGAAGUAGCUGGUAGAUCCCUAAGCAACGGAAUAACGGUGAAUUUGCAGAAGAAAAAUAUGCUUCAGCUCCCAAAAAUGAGCAUAAGUGCUGUACAAGAUAAUUAUGUAACACCAAAAGCUAUCUGUUGUGCCAAACAAAAAAUAGCUGUAUACCUAUGAUCUAUGUAUCUUUUGUUAUUCCAAUUCUAAGUUGGCGGUCAUAGUCUGUGCUCAAGUUAGAACUGGAAUAAUAUUUGAUCUUUAAUUUCCUGGAACA